AUGGACAUUCGCCGACCCCCGUAUCUGAGAUCACAGUCGGAAAAUAGCUCGACGGCAACAAUAAUUCCUUCUUCUUACCCUCAUCUCAGGGCUCUGGAUGAUUUCGACCAUAGCCGCAGGGGCGCAAACACUCUCGUUAGUCCUCGAAGGCCGCCCCGGAAUCCUGCAAGGACAUUGGCCAGCACAAAAUCAGGCUUUGAGCAUGUGUCGAUAGCCAGAACCCAGACAGGGACGAAGGAAGAAGUGACUCCUUGGGAGCUGGAACCUUUUCCAGCGACUUUUUCCGAAGCGCCACCGACAUUGAUUACACCGACUGCGUCGUCGAAGCGCGCAUCAAUACGACCUUCUUCUGCUGGAGGUCAUGGUCAUGGCCCAGGGCUUAGUUUCUCUGAUUUUUACUUGCUGCGGCGAAAGUCGACUGGAAGUCCCAAGUCUUCUGCAAAAGCCAAAGCCAAAGCCAAAUCGCCACCAACUACAAACGGACAUGGUACUUCGAACAAUACUUUGCUGCAGAAGCGUGGUACCCCGGGCUCAGGCCUUCCUACUCCAUCUUCGUCUCAUAAUUCUUCGUCUCAUAAUUCGUCGUCACCCAAUCUGACUACGAAUAGCAAUGCUAGUCCUCGAUUAACACAUAAAAUUACCUCCGCGAAAUCUUCUCAUCCAAAUCCGCGCAAUCCACCAUUGACUUCAGGUACGACAGGCCAUAGUCACACGACAACGCCACCAGUAUCAUCCUCUUCUCGACCAUCACGACAAUCAACGUCCUCUGGCAUCGUGGCGCCACAGCCAUUCCUGGCGAAGCCGUCAUCUCAUACGGCUUCCACCUCAGGGUCCGCAGCAGCUCCCGCACCAGGCAUACAAAAAUCCCACUCCAAACCUAACUCCAACUUUUCCUCGAAAUCCUCACUUGAACAACAUAUUGAUCACCAGACUGCUAACAAUCUCAAAUUCUCCACGGCAGACCGCACCAUUCUUGAGGAGCUCAAAAGGAAUAUCAGUGCGCGCGAGGCACAAUUCAUCGUCAAAGGACCGCUUGCCAAUAAUAGUGGUUCGGAUAAUGGGUACAGGGGAGGAGGAUUGGGACACGACAUGGGAGGAUUGGGUGUUUCUGGAGGCAGAAAACACCAUCCGUUCAAGAAAGAAGAUGUACCUUACCCGAGGAGCUACGACCGAGAGGUGUUGGACUUGGACGUAUGGGAAACUCUAUUCUAUCACCAAAUCUGCGAAAGUUUAACGUGGCAUGUGUUUGAGAAUCCACCAACCAAAGUACUAGACAUCGGUUGCGGUACUGGCUCUUGGAUAUUGGAUUGUGCCCGAAUUUGGCGCACAUGCCAUUUUGUCGGGAUGGACCUCGUGCCCAUUCAGCCAGACUUGCAACAAGUUGGUUCUUCUGAUCUGGCACAUAGAGUUACAUGGAUUCAAGGAAAUUUCUUGGAAAGCCUCCCAUUCCCGAAUGAAGAAUUCGACUUUGUGCAUAUCAAACGUAUUAGUCUUGGUGUUCCGGAAGACAAAUGGGACUAUCUUUUUGAAGAAAUCUUGAGGGUUAUGAAGCCUGGUGCUGCUUUUGAGAUGAUUGAGGAAGACCUGAUGUUUCCCGGAGGAGCAAUCCGUGUUGACGACGAGAAUGAAAGUAUCCCAGAGAAUUUCAACUCGCACCCUGUGGAAUCUACAUUAUUUUCAGACUCGGACGCUCGACAGCAUUCUUCCGCCUCGUCAAUUUCAUCAUUUUAUUUCGCUUCGGGCCCAGAGAUCCGCAAUCGAAAUAGACCCCGAAGUUCCAGUUCGACGGAUUCCUCUUCUACUGCAACCGACAUAGCGAAUAGUCACAUCGUAGAAAAAACCUUCAGGCGACGUUCGGUGCCCGUAAAAGGCAGCGACCAGAGACGUAAUACGACGCUUGACUAUGCUACUCUCACCAGUUUGAUGGGGCUUGGUGAUGGUGAAAAUAAUCUAGUGAUAUCUGAAAGAGAGGACGAAAAUCAUUACCAGGAGUUGGAUCGAAAACGCUAUAGUGGCUCAGAUUGGGAUUCGUUACUUGCUAGCACAUCGAGCUCCCCCAGAAACUCAUCUGUAGAAGAACAAGAUCGGACAACCCAUGACCUCCUCGCGGUUCCGUCUCCCGCAAAUCAGGCAGCUGGCGGAACAAGCCCAAGUCGUUGUUCCCCGUUACCUCUACCGUCUCCUUCUUCAUCCGCACCAGCCUUACCAUCCUUCCUUGCUUCGCCGACAACCGCAUUCAUGAGCAUGCCAUCCGUUAUUCCCAACACCAUGGGAAGAGGAUUAGAGGCCGAGGCAAUCGUGGAAGAUGAGGAAGGAGAGAAAAAUGCGACCUGGGCUUCAGUCAAUGACGACACAGCAAAUGGCCAGUUGGACACUAGUGCUGAGAGUCAUAUGCCUUCCCAUUUCCAGGAACCAACAGACUCUACCAUCAUGCCAGUCAAACCACAACUUUCCGAGAUUCAUACACCAUCCAUUCCUGCCUCUUCGAAAUCGACUCCAUUACGACAUCCUCUCUCAGUUUCAACCGGUUCUUUGACGGACCUUCAACUUUCGUCUCCAUACUCCCCCAACCCAUACGCAAAGUUGAACUACGUGACGAGCAGUAACAGCCCGUCGUCGCCGAAACGCCCACUCUCCACCAGCAAUAAUGGGUUCGGGACCAGUUCAAGUAUACACUUACCGUCUAUGAGUUUUUCACAAAGCAUGCACUCAUUAUCAUCAAGCAGUCCUCAUUCACUUAACGCGGCCGUAGACGCGGAUAAGGAAUCUCGAAUCAUAUCAUCUACUAGUACAGCUGCUCCGUUCCUCCUCAGGACUCUUCCAAAGCCUCCAGUGAAUCCUCGUGAUCAUUCGAUGCUGGAGAUGAUAUACAACGAGAUGAAUGCAGCGAGAUUCGUAAACCUUUCGCCCUUAUCGUUGCUGCCAAAUCUCCUGGGCCUGUAUUUUAAAGAUCUCCGGACACAUCCGCCUGUCAUAUUCACAUUCCCUCCCAUACCUGUCGUAGAACAGUCACGCUCUAGUGAUCCUGAUCCUGAUCCCGAUGAAGAUGCCCAAGAUGCCAUUCGUCCUUCCCCCUUAUCUGCUGGUACUGUACACACUGCGAGAGGCCGGAGUAUGUCGAACGCUUCCAACGUAUCAUCUCGUCUUACUGGUUCACCGACGCCAUCCAGUGCCCGCACAGCUUAUUUUGAAGGUCUACCUGACCAUUGGAUAAAUAUGCGGCAGAUUGUAAAGCGUGAAUCUCCCUAUGUCAUUUACGACGGCUCGAGGCUUUCGGCACUUUCGCCUUCGACUAGGGCGUCUAUUCUUUCCUCGUCAAUAAAACAGCCUGCGUCUUCCUCUUUAGCAUCGUCUAUUGCAUCAGCUCGGACAGGAUCUAUGAAGGAAGAGGACAGUGCAGCAGCAGAUGCUGAUCGAUCUUACAGUGAGAUCGACCCUCCUCGCGGAACGCACGAUAUGUUCUCCCCCAGACCACACAACCCCGCCCACGAUGAGCCUAAAUCUACACCUCGCUUUGAGAGUGACAGAGAUCUUGGCAUGUUCAGAGACAAUGAAAAAAAGACAAGGGCGCGCUCACCGUCGAUUGGACCAGUCCGCCCACCAUCUCGUGAUCAACCGUCAGAGCCAGAGAGCAAUGAAGCUCGACUAAAGACUGCCCUCACUGAGUUAACCAGAGAGACUUAUGAAGAUAUGUUGAGGCGAUUUUACCUAGAUAUGCAAGACUGUAUGGCCUUGCCUGCUGUACUUCAGGAGCGUUUCGGAUGGACUACCUUUCCUGCAUCUCCUUCGGCCGAACGUGGAACGUUCGAAACAGAGUGUGAGAAAUAUCAGCAGUGGGAGGCAGAGCAACAUCAGAGGAACAACUUCAAAUUUCUGUCAGGUGAAGUUCCUCGACAACGAGCAGACCAACCCAUUUUACCACCAUCUAAUUCAAUCUUCAACUCCUCUGCAACUGCGGAUAGUCUACCAGCCUCUCCUAUGAAUGGCCGCAGUAAUGUCUCGUCAGUUCUUGCGAAAACCCAGCAAGGUUCUCGGAGUUUACCACCCAUUGCCUCGUCUGUUGCCCCGUCAAGAAGACUCAGUCGGUCGCUUCGAAUCUUUGUCGCCUGGAAAGGCGUCGAGGCAUCAUAA